AUGUUUUUGCCGGUUUUCGCUGUGGCUUUGCUUUGUCAGACGGCUACGUCUUUUAGUAUUUUCAGGUAAUGAUACCUUUUCUUGCAUCGAAGAGACUACUGUGAUUCAAUUAAAUGCUUCAAUGAAACUGCAAAUUAAUUAUUGCGUUAACGGUAAUAAAUUUCACUUACGUGUUGACUCAAGAUUCUUAAGAGAGAGGAACUGAACGGAAAUGUUUAUUGAUAGCAUAUAAGAGUUUGCAUUUGAGUAUCCAGCCGACCGGCCGGCUGUUCAUCGCUUGGAUACAUGUUCACUUUAAAAGCUUUAUAUAAAUUCAGUUACUUGCAGCUCGUAAUUAACUGCUCGAGCCAGCGAAGGGUGAAAAAAAUUGAGGGCUUAAAAGUUUCCGACUCCCGUUUCCGGGGUAUAGAUCUUUGCGGAAAUGUUCCAAAGAUAUUUCUUUUAAAACGAGAAAAGUUUGUAAAAGAGGUCUGUUGUUUAAUGUAAGCGCCUGGAAAUAUUUCUUCUUGCAUUGUAUGCAUGCAUUCUCCCAUGAACAUUAACAGAGUUGGAUGGAAAAACAUCUGGGACUGCGCUCACCGGGAGGCCUGUUCACAUGCAGAAGUUUUAUUGAAUAGUUUUUUAGCUAAGGUGGGCAUUCCAGCGUUGAACUAAGUUGGAAAUACAGUAUUUAUCAUAUUUGAUCAUCAUUUUCCCAUUCUUUAACACCUUUCAAGCAGCAAGGUUACCAGAAAACUCAGUGCUUUGGUUUGGGGCUUGCUCUUUCUUUGGUAGUUCAGGGUUGCCUGGGGAGGGGCUUACCUGUCUAGGUAUACAUCUGGAAAAGUGUUGGCCAAUAUACCAAGAUCUCCCUUAAUAACUGUAAACCCCAAAGAAGAUACUUAAUACCCCCAAAGCCUUAGCUGACAUCUGGUACAUGGUUUUAUUUUAUUACAUCAUGAUUUUUUUUUCUAACAUUUGCUUGUGAUCUUUGGUGAAGAAUAAUUGUUGCAUGACUUACCCAAAAGUUUAGAGACAAUAGAUUUAUCUCAGUGGUCUGCAGACAUGCCUGGCAGACAGUUUGGAGACGUCAACAUAUCUUAUUCCAGGCUGUAUAACACUGCUCCAUUAAAAAGGGGAUUAAACAUCUCCUCUUUUUUUUAAGUAUUAAGUAAAAGGAAUGAAGGUGUAACUAAGGCCCAGUUCAAACAUCAAACUUUCAAACAUAACUAUUAAGUUUGGCACAUGUAAAUUGCAAUAUGUGAAUCAAUUAGGAUAAUAAAUUAUAAACAGAUUUGAAUUUGGGUCGUCCCACAAUAUAUAUUCUGUUAUUGGCCGAUCAUGAGCUCUUCCAAUAGAAAUUGGCAAGAAGUCAACUUUGUUGAACUUCACAUUCUGCUGAACUUAAUUGCAUAAAUUAUUUUGAUGUAUUCCUUCAAUAAAACAGUUCUUUUUAGUUGUAGCUAGUUGUUUUCCGUGCGUUUGUGGACAAAACUCACAGUCUAAGCACAUUAAUAUGAUGUUGACAGCACUCUCAUUGAAGAUUUUGAGUCUAGUCCAGACUGAAACUGCAGGGAAGUUAAAAACAGUCUUUGAAAUCUCUCUUUGAAGCUAUAUCCAUAGUCACAAACCUGCAUUCAUUUUCAGCAGAACAGAUUCUGUGGAUGCAGAAUUUAAUCUGUUUAUCUUAACCCAGUGGUGGCCCCAGACCAUGUGUUAUGAUCAAAUGGUAAGUUUUUCCUUCAUCUCUUGAUUAUUCUAACACAAGAUCGAUGUAGGUAUUUUUUUUUAUUAUUUAGAAAAGGCAAGAUGACCACCCUUGAAUUUGUUUGGUAUGACCUGCCUAUUAGAGCGGUUUUCACUUGACUGUCGUAAAACACUAGCCAACCAAAGGGCGUAGUAAAACCAAAACCAAACCAAUUCCUCAAUUACUUUCAACAGUCAAGUGAAAACCGCUCUAAACCCAGGGAAACUCCCAUAUGAAUAGAAAAUUUGGGGAUGCCCAACGAUUUUGGUCUCAUAUUUCACCCCUAACAAAAUGAAACAAAGAGAUUUAAUUGCUUGCUAGGGUAGUGUUUAAAGAAAUAUGUAAAUAGCAAAUCAAACACAUCUUUACUAUAAAUGUUAUGUGCUAUUUUGCAAAAUAAUGAAGAUAGUGCAAGUGUUCUGAUUGGCUAACAACCUAUGGUUUAUUGUGCUGGUAAACUCAUAGAAAACUGAAAAAAUUUUCCGUUAUACUUUAAGUUAUUUGAUAAAAGCAAUAGACCGAACUUUCUAUGGGUUUACAGGCGUGAUAACCCAGCUUGUAAAACACUCGCCUUCAGCUCGUCAUUCACAAGCUUUUCUCAUGUUCUCCCAACUUCCCGCAUGGGUUAUCACGCCGGUAAACCAAUAGAAAGUGUGGUUUAUUACUUAAAUAUAGUAUACAAUAUUGAACAUUUUAUUCUCAGUUUUGGUUCUGGAAAUUGACUGCCUGUUAUGGUAUAGUCUAUUUUAGGAAUAUAAAACCUGAGCCACGUACACCCCGAUAGUUCUUCUUUUAUGGGUUUAAAUCUUUAUUUACUGGUGAGUAUCACUAUCCUUUUCAUGGGAGUCACCCCAACCCCACCCCUAAGCUUUUAAAACUCUUUCCCUUAUUUUACAGGCCAAAAAAAACCCAUUUCCAUAUCCUCGGCAUCUUUUGAUAUUAUUUUAGCUUAACUUGUUAACCCAUUCGCUCCUGGAGAUUUUGCUGAAAAACGUGUUUUGAAGCUGGUCGAGUGGUUUUCUGGUCACUGUCGUGCUAUAAAGAGCUAAAACUUACCACAAACCGGUUACAGGUCGUACACUUCGCGGCCUUCUGAUCCAGAUGCAAAAUAUCAGCUUGCGAAGUUCGGGCAUGCACAGAAAGCAAAAUUUCGAGAUAGUUUUUGGGUUUAAAAGUGACAAAGCAGUCUUGACUUUUACUUUUCACUUUCUCUCCUUCCUUCUUUUUUCGCUUUUCUUGCCUCAUUUUUUUUUCUCUUGCUGGGCAUUUAGUAGGCUUCAUUUUGGUGGGAAUAGUUUUUAGGAAAGCGUUUAGGAUCUUAGGAUUAGGUGAAAGGAAAGGUAGGUGGGCAAUGGAACAAGAUUUUCAUGGAGAUUUUCAGGUCCAUGUCACGUGGUUUUUUGCUUCUUUCUCCGGUGUCCUUGACUGAACUUUGCUCAUUCUGGUAUGGUUCGAAAGAUCUUUUCACUCUGCACAAGUUAGCGAAGAAAGUUGUCCUUGACCGUUAAAACUGAUGAUGUCACAAAGGGUAGAAAGGACCUGGAUCUGCACGGGCGGUUACGGGCGGUUCAGGAGCGAAUGGGUUAACAGGGUGAAAUAGGCACUUAUAUUUUAUAAUGGUAGUUGCUUAAAUAUAUCUAUAAGUGCCACAGUGAGCAUAGAAUUAAAAGAAACUUUCUUGCCUUAUUUUCCAGCUGAGAAGCCUAUCAAUCUAGAGUCAAACCUAUGUAGUUGUACUUUCGAAGUUGCCGUGUUUGCAUACAUUGAUCUGCACAGGCCUGACUCAGCCAGGCAUGUUUCAUUCCAUUCAUUUAAUUCUUUUCUAAUUUGUUUUAACUUGUAGGCUGAAGAGAACUUCAAGCGCAUUAAAAUGAAUCAAACUAAAAGCUGUGUGCCUGAAGGAGUCACCAAGUGGACAAUUCAUGGAUUAUGGUACUGACUGGCAUGAGUUCCUUUUUAUCUUCCUGUAACGUAUAUAAUUAAUAUAUAGAUUUAGCCAAGGCAGAAAGCAAUUUAGCUCUCACUGGAAAUUUUUUUCUCAGCCUGGGCCACAUUGGUGGGAGGCAAGUGCACUGUCCUUUACUCCCCAUAUAGCUUUUUUAUGUUAAUGUAUGGCAUAUUUAACCAUUAUUCCUCGAGCCUGAAUGUGCAUAGUUAACAAUUAUUCCCUGAGGCCGAAUGGGCUCUAAGUCAAUAGCCCAUGAGGCCAUUAGUUGGUCAAAAAUAUCGAGAUUAAAAAAAAUUUAGCUAGUUAAAGCUAGACUUUAAUCCUUUUUUGCUGCCAAAAAGACCGCGCUUUUCGCUACCAGUGGGCUAUAACAUAUAGCCUAGUAGUAGCUCAACCAAUCAGAACACAGCAUUGAUAAUAGACCACUAGUUGGAUUUUACGAAAAUGAAAUAUUGGUUUCUUUUUCUUUUUUUCUCUUUUCUACCUACCUCCUUUUUUAUUCACCCCUCUGCCACCAAUUAUUUCCAUUAUUUUUAAGCACCUUAACCCCCCUCCUCCCCCCCACACACAUACAACUGUCACAUACUAACAUUACCAUUACUUUUCCCUUUCUCAUUGGUACCCCCCUUAAUCCCCUUACCCUCUGCAUUAUUUUUAUUGAUUAUUUUCUAAUGACAAAAAACUUUGAUGCACUGAUUUUUUUGUGUUCAUCCUGCAGGCCUACGAUUGGUACAGAACACAAACCAGAGUAUUGUAAUGAAUCAUGGCCCUUCAGUGAAUCAGUGAUUCAGGUGACCUAACAUUUCUACCUUAUUAUAAGAAAUUAACGCUUCAUGAAAUAAACACAAAUUUCAAAAAUUUGCAUUAAUUUUUGUAAAUGUGUAUUUCUGUGCAAUUGAUCAAAUGGAGCAGUGAUUACAGCAACCUUAAUUUCCAUUCCUCUGGCCCCAAAUUCUCGAUACGCUUCUGACAUUCUUGAUGCCUAAGAAAGAAAAACAUUUUUUCAGGGUGUAGAUGAUCUGCAAGAAACAGUUCUUCACUUCUUCACUUGACCCCUUUGUACAUAAUUUAUGGAAAGAACCCCACAAACAUAGUUCCCAUUUUGGAUUAUACAGUCUUUUACCUUUGUUCCUAUUGUCUUGAAAAAUUUUGCUUUUUUUUGGGUGUCACAUUAAUUGCCUUCAUUUUGAAAUCUUACUACCUCUUUCAUAUUAAUGUCAGUUACAGUGAAACCCAUAUUGAGCGGACACCGUAGUAAGCGGACACCCUCUAUUAAACGGACAGUAGCAGAAGUCCCCAAAUUUAUUUCCCUUAUUUACUUUACAUGAAACCUUUAUUAAGCGGACACCUAUAUUAAGCGGACGCGGACACCUAAAGAGUACCUGAAAUAGUCAUUUCUAUUGUUUCCAACCUGUAUUAAACGGACACUUGUAAUUAAAUUCCACCACGUAACAUGCCAGACACCAGAAAUGUGAAAGGUUGUCACCCACACAUUGUUCGAUUUUUACUUUAAAAACUUGACUUGACGAACUUAUUUGAUUAGUUUCAAAGUACAGUAUUUUUUUCUAUGUCGUUUUGUUUCUUUAGAGCUUGUUUCACUAAUCUGAUUUCUUCAAAUUUGAGUUGCAGUCUAUGUUUAUGGUACUAUGAUCAAUUAGACUACUUGCAGUCAACCUUUUUCUCUUAAAAUCCCUCUUGUUCUUAUCUCAUCCAGCGCGAUUGCAAUCCACGACGUUAUUAUUACAGAGAUGAGACGAGACGAAAAAAAACAAGAGACUGCUCGCAGUCUAUGAUCAAUUGGUUCACUUUAAUAAAGAAAUUAUGCAAAUGUAUAUUGUCAAAGUCUCUAGGAGUAUUCUAAAUGUUUUCACUGUUCAUUUGAAUGGCAUUUGACAUCUCAGAUGAUUUUAUCUAUCGAAACCUGUAUUAGGCGGACACCCUGUAUUAAGUGGACACUACAGCAUUCCCCAUGGGUGUCUGCUUAAUACAGGUUUUACUGUAUUCAAAAGUUGUUAUCCAUCAACUUUGCAUUAUUUUAAGUCACAUUAAUUUCCAAUACCUUAAUUUCAUGGAGCAUUGAUUUCCCAUAAUAAGGUAUACACUUUUUAUUAUUUUUUCUUCUUCAUUUUUUUUCCUUUGCUAUUUUAUACCCUUGUCAUCUAGAGGGACAAGCUACUUCUUUGUUGAUAUUUCCUUUAAAAUAAGUUAAGCAUGGGACUGUGCAGUGUUUGUUACAGGUGAAGUAUUAUUAAAAUUAAUAAUAAUGAUAAGAAUAAUAUUAUAAUAACUUUUUUGUGAAAAUUUUGCAUUUUUCAGGAUUUGUUGCCGAAACUUGAACGUCAAUGGCCAACUCUUGAAUCAGGUCAAGAAAAUGCAGAAUUUUGGUAUGAAAUUUUAGACAUGGAUUGGCAGUUAAUAAUUUGUUCAAUCUGGACAGUUUUCAGUGUUUCAGCUGAAUUCUCUCUAAUAAAUUACUUGUCUUGUUAGUCAGUUUAUGCCUUGUCCUAGUCAGACAAUAUGUCAUUUGUAAAUGCUUUGUUUGUAGUGAAAAUGCUUUUGGCGACUCUGAAUACUUACAUGCACCCCACUGUAGUAAUAAUUAUGAUUAAAACAGACAAUCCAAAUAGAACAAGUUAACAGAUUUAAGAGAUGCCCAACAUGGAGAUUCUCUCUUUGUAUUACACCCCAUCCCCACACACCACCACAAAAGAAAUCAGUGAUUAAACCUCCCCCACCCCUCUGAUAAACACAAAUUGGCCCAGUCCCAAGUUCAUCUGGCCUGCAAUGAUAUUUUCUUGAUUAAAUGCCGCCCUCCGUUGAACACUACACCAAUGCUUUUUUUCAAGGAAUUGAACAAAGAAUCGCUACAUCUUGGUAAUCUACACCACCCAGACAAUUACGAUUCCUUUUCAGCAAAUAACUUAGAACAUAUUUCUGUUUCACAUAACAUUUACAAAUAAUUUACUGAAUGAUUUAGUGAUGUAAGAAAUGUGAUUUGAAAUAAACGCUGCAUUGGACAGAUUGGAAAUGGGGAAAAUCUAAUAAUCGCCGCAGCGUUUAAUCAAGUAAAUACAGUCUUUAUAGUUAGCAUACCAAGUGCUAAUCCUUCUUUUUUGCAAAAACUUAAUCAACAGAUGAAUUAUUAAAAAAAAGUGAAAUAAAUAAGUUUUUGGUCAGUUUAUUAGCUACACUUACCCCGUAAAAGGGAAUCUGGAUUGUGGAAUCCGAGAAAUUUUUGCUUGUAGAAUCCGUAAUCCUGGGGUUGGAAUCCGGAAUCCAAGUUCCACUGUCAAAGGCUGGAAUCCACUACCUGGAAUCUGGAAUCCACGGUGUGUAAUCUAGAGUCCAAGACUUGGAUUCCCUUACUUGGGGUAGUACACUUGUCCCGCUGGUCAUAUUCUUAUAGAUAUUGUCCGUAAUUUUUUCUUUCUUUUUUUUUUUUUCGUCACAAAGGAAACAUGAAUGGGACAAACAUGGAACUUGCAGUACCAAUAUUUCUUUUUUGAACUCAGAGCACAAGUACUUUACAACAACGCUGUCACUGAACGUCAAGUAUGACCUAUACAGGUAAGGUGUGGAACCAUCAUACACACUAAUGACAUAAGCAUGAAAGGGCGAGACCUAAGGGCCACAACGCAAUUAACUAGUAUAAAAGGGCAAAAGUGCACCCUACAACAACUACAAAACAUAGUUCUCACAAAUACUGCGCUGCUGCGCUUUGGAAUAAUCGUUCCGAUAAUAGCAAAGACUGGACGUUUCAUGUGUUUCCGAAGAAUCCUUGCCGAAGGUUAUUUUCUCCACUAUCCACCGCGCACGUUCAUUUACUAUAAUUGCUCCAGGAAUGUCUUGUGAGGUGAAUUUUAAAUCACAAAUCGCUCUUGUUUUCGUCACCUUAGUUACUUUUUUAAAGUUUGCGGGAAAUCUUGUGGCCAUCAGGCCUCGCAUUCAUGCUUACGUCUUAAGUGUGUAUUCAGUGAGUUGACAUGAUUGAGGGAAUUGGGGAGAGGGGGAGAACGAAUUAAGAUUGAGAUACUGGAUCAUUAUACGUUUCUGGGAAACUGCCUACCUACCCCUCCCCAAAGCCAACAUUUUGCCCCAAGUGAGAAGUAAGCGUUAAUGUUGGCUUCGGGGAAGGGUAGGUGGGCAGUUUCCCAGAAACGUGUUACUGAAGGUAUCCAAGUUCUUCGUGGGUCUAUGUCCUCCUUAAAUCUCUCCAUUGGUAAAUUUCAUGUCGUAGUCGUGCAGCGGACAUCAAGGAAAUGUACCAUGCACCAAAUGGGUGAUACACGUGCACGUGCGCAAUCUUUGUUGAUCCUCGCUGCAUCAUGGGAUACCUAAAUAAUCCCCCAGUGUGCAGGGCUGUUGUUUUGAUAAUGAAACCCAUUUUUUUCUUUUUUGCGGCUUUCUCUUCCGUCGUCUUUGCAGUUAUACAAAAAAGAAAGCUUCAGCUUCCAAAUAAGAGGAGCACUUUGCCACGUGUGCGCCCACUUCCUUAAUCUCCGCUAUCUGAGAUCCAUUAACACAAGUCCGGACAAAUUUUUGAACGGACAAAAACGUGCACGGUCCGCCUUUCGUUCACACGGGACCAGCGCGCUAUACCGCAUCAGUGGGCAGUUGUUCAGGCAUUCCUGCUUCAUGGUGCUUCUUAGGUAGUUCUUGAGCCGUCUGUGCGCAGUAAAUGUGCGCUGUGAUGUCGCCUAUGCCAUAGGUAAUUUUACUAGCGAUAUUUUCGGCACCAAAACGUGGGACAGGCAGCCCCGCCUCCCCCCCCUGCUCCGCCGCCUAUGAUAUUGCAUUAAGUACAAUUGAGAGAAAGUUCGAUCUACUUAUGUCAUAACUACGAUCUUGUUUUGAUGGCGCAUUUACUGGGUGGGAGGGUUGAGAUUGCGUAUGUCGCUGUGAUAUUGUAUUAAUUCUGUAUUUUUUUUUAUUCACGGGUUAACUAGACAGCUUGCGUCUUAGCCUGCGAGCAAGCUCACCUCUUUGGGCGAGCGAACGCACGAGCGAGCCGCGAGAGAACGCGCGAGCGAGCAGCGAGAAGAGCUUGCUCGCAGGCUACUUGCGUCUCAACCUUGUUAACGAAGGUUACCCCGCUUGAAAAUGAAUAUGAGAAUGCGAGAAUUCCUUGAGGAUUGAUAAGUUUUGUAUCAUUUGGUGAAGUAUCGUUUAAAGAUACUGAGUAUGGCUUACCAUGCCCUCGGUAAGUACUGUUGCGGCCGCUAAUGGUGGGGUUUAAAAGAUUUGUUAACAUAUGUGACUAUGUUUCUUGUAAAUAGCAUCCUUAAACAGAGUGGAAUUGUACCAUCAGAUGAUGCAACGUACCAGGUAAGAAGAAUGAUUUGAUCUGCCUUUUUUUACGACUUCAAACUCUGUCUCUGUUUAUACUGGUCAAAUGUGUACGUAGCUGUUUUUUUGAAAACGUCAUCCGCCAAAUAAACCUCCUCCGGCAAAUAUAAAAACUAAGAGUAAAGCCUAGCAUUACUUUUUUUCUUCUCCUCCUUUCUUUCUCCUCACCCUCAGUUGCCGGCUAUUUUUCCUUUUCUUUUGUCUUCGGCCUUAUUGGUCGCGAAAAAAAACCCAGCCUUUUGGCCCUUUCCAUUCUGCAAAUCUCGCUAGAUUCCGCGUUUCAAAAAUCCGGCCUCAUUAAAGGCCUUUGAUGUCUAUCCUACGUAUAUGAAGCGGAUAUUUACGACCUUGAGAUUUGUGAACAAAUGGGACAGCUUUAUUUAUAUAUCGUGUUCUUUUGCCUUUCUUUUGAAAUAAAAUGUCGUGGCUCGUAUUAAGUGUUGAAGUUUUGCCGUUUUUUUACCUUUCUUUUUUCUUUCGCAGGUGAAGGAAAUUCAAGGCGUCCUUUUUGACUUCUUUCGAGUUCGUAUCAGAAUGACUUGCUACAAAACCGAGGUAACUCGCUCAUAUUGGCACGUUUUUAGCUUGUCACGUGUUUUAUGGUUUACACUAUCUUAGUACCGGUUUGUUCAAACGUUUGAUAGCGCAAUCAACCUGGUAAGUAUUAAGGAAACCAGUAGAACAAUUGCACGAUGACGCCGUUGUACCAUAACAAGCAGGAUCCUUGGGUCUUCCCUUUUCUUUGAGGAAAUUAAGGCUAUUGCUUUUAGGCUAUUUUCUUGUAUUGGGAAAUUGAAACAAGAACGCCGAAACGAAAUGAAUUCUGGUAGUUGUAGUCAGAUGAUGUCAACUUGAAAAUGGCACAUGCGUUUUCCACUGGAUAGGGAUGAAAUACAUUGGAUGACGUUAUCCAACUUUUUGAACAACUGGGGCCUGAUUGGGUGCUGAAACUAGUGGUUGCAUUUCCAACCAAUCAACAGGUGUGGCAAUGCACACGUAAUCACGUGAGUGACUUGAAACGCUCCAACAUAGGUAUUUAUGCGCAACAAUAGCGACGAGUUUUUGCAGCGACAUCAGUGCGAGCUAAAUGCGCUUUUAUUAUUAUUAUUAUUAUUAUUAUUAUUAUUAUUAUUAUUAUUAUUAUUAUUAUUAUUAUUAUUAUUAUCUCGCAGUAUAAAACUUUGGAAUGCUGUCCACAUUAUGAGUAGUAUAGGGCGCAUAACGUAACCUACACCACUUGAGAAGCUAUACUUGGAAGUAAAAAAAGUUCGGUAAAAAACCUAAUACAAUCCUGAUAUACAUAAUGAUGUGAAUCUCUCUACUUAAAAAGCCAAUUUAGAAUAUUAUUAAAUUCUUACACUCUGUAAAACCUACGCAAAGACGUGAUGAUAUAAUUAUCUCUACUGGAAGCCUAUUUAGAAAAUUAUUCAGUUUUUAUACUCUCAUUAUCUUUUAUAAACCUACACGAGGCCAUCAUAAUGUGGUUAUCUCUACUAAAAGCCUAUUUAGGAUAAUAUCAAACUCUAAUACUCUAUAAAAUCUACGUAAAAACAUCAGUAAAUUACAGGUUUUGCGACACUUGUGUUUCAGGGUUUCUGGAGAAAAAAACCCCUAAAAUCUGGUGUCCUAAGCGCCCUAACUAAGUAUUUAUCUUUAAUGUUCUGGCAAUGUUCAAAGUCUUUAAGAUGACCGACUUCUGCGUCCGCUCAAGUACGCCCCGUGCUCUCGCUCCUAGUAGCUUCCUCACCGACUUCUCUACGUGUUUAGAGUAACCACCCAGUACGUCAAUUAUUACGUUGUACUGUUCAACGUAUUAUUAUUAUUAUUAUUAUUAUUAUUAUUAAAUGUUUGUUCUGUUAAAUAAUAAGUGUAUAAACAAAUAUGCCGGACAGAAAUUGGUAAACCGCGAGAAUCGCCAUGUAGUUGCGCUAAACGUCGAUCGUCAUCGAAUUUGCUGCGCCUCAACUUCGAUAACUCGUGCUGAAAUCAUCGCCUGUUUACAGUUUUGAUCUGGCCCCAGUUGUUCAAAAGCUGGCCAUGGAUAUUGCUAUCCACAGGAUAAAUCACUAUCCAGCGGCUAAGUAUUAGGGAAAUCAAUUGCGCUAUCCACUGGAUAGAGAUUUAUCCAAGGGAUAGUGUUAUCCGCAUUUUAAACAACGUAGCUGGACAAAUUUCCCAUGUACCUCCCCUUGGCUCCGCAAUUGACGCAAAACUGUGGAAACGUCUUUCUUGGGCCGAACCAAAAUGUGUAUGAAAAAUCUGAAGUAUUUUUCGUCGCCUGGAAUCAAGAUAUGUUUUAGCAACAAAUUGCUUCCAGUGGGUUCGAAAGGGAAAUCGCCUGUAUAGACCGUCUGCGAUUUAGUGCACGAUAUCGUGUUAGAAAACCACAAACGGACAAUACCAAUGGUUCUGACGAUACGUGGGCCAGCUGUAACGCAGGCUACGGGUAGUGAAAUUGUAUACCGUGUGUAAGACACAAGACCCUAAAGUUCAUACCCUGUUCAGCGGAAAAGGCACGUUCGGGCCAAAUAAGAGUGUGCCCCGCCCCUUUCCCCGGGGGCAAAACCGAACCAAUCUUAUCACGCCAAAAAAAAUUUCGACACUGAAAUUGAUAAUCACUCUGAAUCUGUUAUUGCUGUCGGUUAUCAUUCGUUUCCAUCCUCCAAAAUGAGCUUUGACACCUUAUGGUACCCACACAAAGUAAUACCUUACGGAGAAGGGAGUGCAUUGACUAUAGUAAUUAAAGUUAAUCACUGACUUUGGUGAUAACACUGAAUAUAGUGAUCAGGGCUAAGCAUUUCCUGUUACGGUAGUGAUUAGGGUUAAGCUCUAACUCGAUAUGGUACACUUUAAUUGGCCGUUCAUCAAAAACGUUCUGCUCAGGAAAUCCACCAUGGUGUUGAGGUAUGGGCAGUGAGCUACAGUUCUGAGACCUGGAUCAAUUUCCGAUAACGUCUCCCUGACUAUUUUCUUCUUCUUCUUGAAAAUUUGAAGAGAUUUAAAAAAUUUAAUGUAGGUGUAAGUGAUAUGGGAAGGUCAUUUUUGAGGGUGGGAAGGAGAGAUAUUAGAGAGCUUAAGGGAAGACGUUGUGGGGCGACGCUUUUCAAACGGAAAUCAGGCCUUUUUCUGUCUAAUAUACAUUGACACUACCAAAUAUGUGCUGCUAAGUUUUAUUACUCUUUUAGAGCCAAUUUGGCCGAAAAAUUGGGCAAAAAACAUGCAAAAAGUCCACUUCUGGUUGACUAGACUGCAAAACCGUCCGUAUUUUUGCGUAUUCAAGUACGCGCGAGCAGUCAAACGGGCGUGUGAGGCUCGCGCGCUUUGCGCGCUUAAGACGCCACGCUUUACCGAAUUCUUUACUGAUUUUGAGAAAAAAACCGACUGUUUUGCAGUCUACUGGUUGACGUGCGUCGCUCAAAAACAUCUUUGUCUAAAGAGACCAUGUCAGGAGAGGAGGAUAUUGCUGUUUUAGGUCAAUUCUGUGAUGAAGUCAUUACAGCUGCCCACCUAUCCCUUCCCUAAGCCAACAUUUUGCCCUAAGUGAGAAGUAAGUGUUAAUGUUAGCUUAGGGGAGGGGUAGGUGGCGUCAUUACUUAGUGCCUUUAUCCACACAAAAUGUAACCUGUGAACAGGCCUUUGGUCGAGCGGGGAACUAGGAACUUUCCCUUUCCUUGCUAUUUUUUUCCCCAAACAGAGAGCCUGUUCACAGGUUACACAUAAUGCUCCUGUGGAGAUAUGAACAAGACAACGUAAGGCCGGAGUACCAACCAUAACAGUUUUUGUUGAGUUUUGCUGGCAUUGCAUUAAAACUUGAGGAAGUUCGCCCAACUUCUAUCUAUUUCCAUCCUCGUCAUCCGUUUCGACAGACAACAGGAAACAGUUUCAAUGCCUAAAUAUAGCCUUAAAUAACAAAACAAGACCAGUAUUUUUGAAAUUCAGUUGAUGUGAGAAACGUUUUUGGUUUUUAAUUAAAAAGGUAGCAAAAAAGCGUGAGAAAGUCUCUUUAUGCUCCCUAAUGGUUAUUUUCCUUCAUUGUAGGGUAUGGGCCAGAUGCUUGAUAGUGUAGAGUUGUGCCUGGAUAAAACUGAUCUCAGCUUGAUUGAUUGCCAGGACAGCAAUCCUGAUUGUGACUUCAGCAAACCAGUGCAAUAUCCACCUAUUAUUUACCCAAGUGACUUGGUAUAA